UCUAGCCCCCCCCCCCCCAGCUCUUAGGGACUCCAGUGCUGGGAGGGUCCACAGAUACCUCUUACGUGCCCAGAGUCCACCCUUCCAACCUUUAUCUACCCCAAUACUUAGGUGUUUAAGCCCCUAGAUCCCUCAGCACCCAGGACCCAAAAAUACCGGCUUUCAAGCCCGUCCACCCCGAGGACUCGAGACUCUAGGCCCCAGCCCCCUGUUUCUUGUGGUUCCGAGAGUCUUGGACUCUUGGGGUCGAGGGAGAAGGGAGGGGGGUGUGUCGGAUGCUCACACGGUAGUUACACGGGCUUGGGCGGAGCCUCCUGGGGUCACAUGGAGUCUAGGGACGAGGAAUGUGCCCCAGAAAUAGAACCCCUUCCUGACCCUUACGGGGGGGGGAGAUCGAGGAGAAAGGGGUACAGUGCGCGGGGGGUAGGGGGCUAAUUACAGAAGAAUUACAGAGCUGUCAUUUUUUCUCUUACCUGCCCAACCCUCCACCUACCUCUCUUUGAACUUCUGUCCCCCUUCUAUGUCCCUAUCUCUUCUUGGGUCUCUGUCCCCAUCUCUCUCUUUGCAUCCAUGUCCUCCCCUCUUUCUGGCUCUCUGUCCCUCUCUCUGUCUGUCGCCCCGUCUCUUGUCUUUUCUCUCUGGGUCUCUCUCCCUCUCUGAGCCUCUGUCCCCUCCUAUCUCUGGGCCCUUGCCCACCCUCUCUGAUCUCUCCUCUACUUCUCUUCUGUCCCCUCUUUCUCUUCACCUCGGCGGUGGGGCUCUCUAUCCCCUCGUUUCUCCUGUCUUUCUCCACUCGGAGACUCUUCUUCAUUUCCAUCUCCCUCUUCCUGCCCACCCUGCCCGCUCUUUCCCUGGCCCCGAAGGUCUCCUGAAGGAAAAGGAGCGCAAAGCGGCCCCGCCGGCGGCCACGGUCCCGGGGCCGGGCCUGGAGCCUGCAGGUCCGGCGGAUGCCUCAGCUGGGGCGGUGGUGGGCGGCGGGUCCCCGCGGGGACGCCCGGGGGCUGUGCCCGGCCCGGGUCUGUUGGCGCCGCUACUGUGGGAGCGGACGCUGCCGUUCGGCGACGUGGAGUACGUGGACCUGGACGCCUUCCUGCUGGAGCACGGGCUCCCUCCCAGCCCGCCGCCCCCCGGCGGCCCGUCGCCAGCGCCCUCGCCCGUGCGCACGCCCGCACCCUCCCCGGGGCCCGGUUCCUGCGGGUCGGCUUCCCCUCGCUCCUCGCCGGGGCACGCCCCCGCCCGGGCUGCCCUCGGGGCCGCCGGCGGCCACCGCGCAGGCCUGACCUCUCGGGACACACCCAGCCCUGUGGAUCCAGACACCGUGGAGGUGCUGAUGACCUUUGAACCCGACCCAGCUGAUUUAGCCCUGUCAAGCAUUCCCGGCCAUGAGACCUUUGACCCUCGGAGACAUCGCUUCUCAGAGGAGGAACUUAAGCCCCAGCCAAUCAUGAAGAAGGCACGGAAGAUCCAGGUACCAGAGGAACAGAAGGAUGAGAAAUAUUGGAGCCGGCGGUACAAGAAUAACGAGGCAGCCAAGCGGUCUCGCGAUGCCCGGAGGCUCAAGGAGAACCAGAUAUCUGUGCGGGCGGCCUUCCUGGAAAAGGAGAAUGCCCUGCUGCGGCAGGAGGUGGUGGCCGUGCGCCAGGAGCUGUCCCACUACCGCGCCGUGCUGUCCCGCUACCAGGCCCAGCACGGAGCCCUGUGAGGCCGCCUCCACCCCCACCAGGUGGAGCUCUCCUCCCUGUUGCUCAGACUUGAGCCCUGACGCCCUCUUCCCUCCCCGCCCUGUGGCCCACGGGCUGGCCAGCUGGGUGCCCCAGGGACGUAAUGAUGCAGAUAAAUACAUUUAUAUUUUUAAGAAAAAGCGAGCCUCCCCCCUCCCUCGCGGGGGCGGGGAGGGUCCUCUGUGUGUGCUCCUGGCACGUUGGGGACCCCAUCCUCCCACCGCCUCCGUUAACACGAUCCUGAAUAAAUCUUGAGAACCCUAGA